AUGUUCCGAUUUCACAAAACCCUCGAUAUCGUCACCGUCUUCCACAAAGCCGGUUCUCCUUCCUCAGCACGUGUCGCCAAUCUGGUCAAGCAAAUCUCUGCCAAUGCCCAGGCUGGCGCGACCAUCGACCAGGCAAGCGACCAUAGCCCCCAGACCAUGGCUUCUCGCGAUCCAUUCGAACUCAACAUCACUGAGGAACCUCCUACAGUGGAGCAGGUUCAGACUAUUCUGGGAUAUGUCGACAAGAAAAGUAUCUCAAAAGUGAUCAAUGGGGCGCGCGAUGAAAAGGAUGCGUUGAAAAAAUUUCGCGAGAGCAAAGAGAGCUUCUUGAGACCGGUGACUGUAGAUUGGAACAACGGCAAGGCUAUCGCCGGAGAUAACGAGAGCGAGAUUCUUAAACUGCUCAAGGCGCAAAGCAGAGAAUGA